AUGCCACCAUACACAAGCAACCAGAAGCACCUAAUCGCUGAGUUUGUCAGCUGUACACGGACAAAGGAGUCUGUUGCUGUGAAAUUCCUCAAAGCAUGUGGAUGGAGUUUGGCUCCCGCGCUUGACGCUUUCUUCGCCGCCGCGGCUGGCACUGCUGCAGUUGUGACUUCCGAAUUUACAAAGCUCUUCGAAAGCUACCGAGAUGACCCAGUCGAGAGCCCAGAUACCAUCGGUAUCACACGAGCCAUAGAUUACCUCGGCGAUUUGAAUGUCGAGCUCGACGAAGUAACCUGCCUAGCCAUCGCCGAGCUACUCAAGUCACCAUCGAUGGGCGAGUUCACCCGCCAGGGAUGGAGGGAUGGAUGGCUGAACGUUCGCUGUGACACCCUGCCUAAAAUGCAAGCGUACGCCAAGUACCUCCGGGAGGUCAUCCCACAAGAGCCAGCGGUUUUCCGACGAGUCUACAGAUACGCAUUCCCGCUCUCACGGAUGCAAGGACAGCGAAACCUGCAAUUCGAAAUCGCCGCCGAGCAGUGGCGUCUCUUCUUCACAACUGACCAUGGUGGUGUCGCCUGGAACACCGAAACGACCCCGUGGCUGGAUUGGUGGAUCGAGUUCCUCGAAGAGCGCGGAAAGAAGCCUGUUAACAAGGACCUGUGGGAGCAGGUUGAGGUUUUUAUGCGCAAGAGUCUCGAAGAUGAGGAGAUGGGCUGGUGGAGUCCUGAUGGGGCUUGGCCCGGUGCUCUGGAUGACUUUGUUGCCUGGGUUCAGGCUAAGCGGGGAAAGGCCUCAGAGAUGGAGGUUGAAUAA